UUUUAACAAAACUAAGGAAACAAGUCAAGGCGUGAGAGAGUGAGAGAGACGGAGAGGUCCUCUGGUUUUGGGAAGCUCAGGAGUGUGGUUUGUGGGAGCGUUAUGGCGACGGAUGUGGUUGAAGCCCCUUCAACUCCAUCUCAGCCACCUACCCAUUUCGGCCAAACACGCCACUUCUAUCUUGCCGUCGACAGACUUAACUUCAAGAUGGAGACAUUGGUGGAUCUGUUGGGGAUGGCGGGCCACCGUCCGAGCAUGCCAAUGGUGGUAUGUUGCAGCACGCGCGAUGAGCUCGACGCGGUCUGCUUCGCGGUCUCCAACCUCUCUUACAUUUCUCUGUCCUGUCUGUACAGUGACCUUGCUGAAGCAGAACGUGCAUUGAUUUUGGAGAAAUUUCGCCAAGCAAUGAUGAGGUGGAAUCAGAAUGCCAAUGAUCAAUCCAAAGAUGAUAGUAAAAUCGAGAAAGAAGAGCAAAAAUCUCAUCUGAUUGUCGUAACGGAUGCUUGCCUUCCACUUCUUGCUGCAGGGGAGUCACCUAUUACUGCUCGUGUUCUAAUAAAUUAUGAGUUGCCAUCAAAGAAGGAAACAUAUAUGAGGCGCAUGGCAACUUGUUUGGCAACAGAUGGAAUCGUGAUCAACAUGGUUGUUGGGGGUGAAGUAGUGACUCUCAAAAGCAUUGAAGAAAGCAGCAAUCUUGUCAUAGCUGAAAUGCCCAUACAUAUCUUUGAGAUGUUUUGAAGGUGCUAGGACCCUCGGAUUCCCAAAUUUGUUUGAGAGGAUUUGAUCACUUCUCUUCUCAAAUGUGUAAGGUAUCUCUAAUGGGAUGGGAUUUUGGCAUCCAUGCCUUGAAAGGCAACAUUUUAUUUUAUUUUAUUUUAUUUUUUACUGUGGAAUAUUUUACUAUUCGUAGAUAUGGACCUCCAUUUAUACCCUCACAUGUGAGAAAUGAUAAGAACAAAAUUAUUGAAAUUUUACUGAGGGUUGACAGUAGUGGUGCAACGUCCAUUUUUUCGUUUAGUCUUUUAGGUCUUUAUGGCAACCAAACUUAAACAUGAGAAAAACUGUUUAUGUUUGAAAAUCUGACCCCAUACCAACGGGAACGAACAGUCAGGGAGGACGCCAAUCCAAGUAAUGAGGUGAGGUUAAGAAUUUGAGCCAUAUUCAUCAUACCUUUUCAAAGAGACAAAUUAAGUUUUAGGCCUCAACUACAAUCAAGACCCAUUUUGAAUAUGUACAUCAGAUGGGACCUAUAAUUUUUUAUUUUAGUUUAUUUUAUUUAUUUAUUUUAUAACAGGUAAAGCAUAUAGUCGAGGGACUUUCUUGAGUUCUAAUGGAAAAAAUGUUGAGCCCCCUAGCUUUACAUGUUACAUGUUGGGUUUAUAAGGGAUGAUGUAGCUCAAUAAAAUAAAAUAAAAUAACUUUUAAGAUAAAGAUCAAACCAAACCUGGCCCACGGUCACGCCGACCUCAGAAUUCCAUACGAUUUACUUAAUCCAAAAAAAAAAAAAAAGAAAA